AAGCCUCGUUCCAAGACGUCGACGCGAAACCCCGAAAGAUUAUGUUUGUGCCGCUUUCUGUUCUUCUACAGACCAGUUCCUCGGCGAGCGGCAAAGCCAGGCCCGCAGCUUCGAGCAGUCCCCCGCCAGAGAAGCUGCAGGAGGCUCAGAAGAAGAUCAAGGACCUGGAAAAGAAUGUGCACGACAGCGAGAAAGCCCACCAGACGCAGGAGGCGAAAAGAAAGAAGGAGUUUGAAGUGGCCAAGAAAAAGCUUGGUAAGGACGUAAAGGAGAAAGAGUCGGAGGUGAAAAAAGUCGAGAAGCAGGUUCAGAAGGUCUCCCAGAUGAUCCUGAAGAUCGAGAAGACGCAGGAUGCCGCCAAGGAGAAAAUUAGGCAGAUGGCGAGGAAGGUGGAGGAGAAUAUUGACAAGGCCGAGUUGGAUAAACGCGGUAUGCAACGCCAGCUGACCCAGCAUCAGGGCAGCCUUCUGGAGUGCCGUGCCACGCUUGCUUACCUCAAAAAAGCGUAUGCCAAACUCUCUGAGGGCGUCAUUCUAGAUGGCCUCGCGUCAGAGAAGUCUGGGACCAACGCGUUCAUCAACUCCGUGUCGGAGCAGGCGCCAGGCAGCCCCCCAAUCAGCCCGUCGGAGCAGGCGCCAGGCAGCCCCGUGCUCGAGUUGGACGGCGACGGCGACGUCAAAACGGAGGCACAGAAGGUCUGCAUCGUGGACUCGACGGACGACGACGAAGACGACGCUGACGACGACGACGACGUCGACGAGCUGACGUUCCACUCCGUGAGGGCGCUGCGGCAGUCGGUGAGGGAGCUGGAGGCUUUCGACCAGGGCCUGAGCGACGCCGACGAGGCCGCACGGCCUUCCUCCCCUCCGUCGCCCCCGCCGACCGGAGACGACCGCGCCGGAGCUCUCGGUGUCGGUCGGCUCCAGGCGGCGGCCCUGCACGCCACCGCCGCAGGUCGGCGGCGGGGGGCGACGGCGGAGACCAUGCUGGAGGAGCUGCGGGCGAGGCUCGAAGAGUCCGAGCGCGCGCGGGGGGCGCUCGAGGCCGCGCUGGGGGCCGGCGCGCAGCCCGAGCAGCGGGAGGCGCUGGGCCUGAGCAGGAAGCUGCUCGAGCUGGAGGCCACGUGCGCCCAGAGCCCCGGCGCGCGGGCGCAGCGCGCGCAGCAGGCGGCGAUCCGCCUGGGCGCGGUGCUGGACACCGUCGGGGCCUCGGCGUCGGACGGCCGCGCGGUCGAUCGGCGAUCACAGUUCGCAGGGAGCGUGGGAUGCGGCCUGACCGCGCUGUCCGAGGUCGGGGCGCCGGAGCCCCAGCGGCGGGCCCUGGCCGCGCUGUGCGAGCAGCUGCUGCGGCCGGCGGCCGCGGGCGGCCUGUCGUUGGAGGAGGGCGAGGCGCUGCUGGAGCGGGCCGAGCGCGAGGCGCCCCUGCCGGCCCAGCCCGCGGGCACGGCGGCGCAGCGGCGCCCCAGCGCCGACGCCGAGGAGCUGCGUCGGAGCGCCGCGGACGCCGAGGAGCUCCGGGUCGAGCUCGAGGGUGCUCGCCUGGCCCGCGCCCAGGCGCUGGCCGAGGCGGAGGCCUCCGCAGAGGGCCUGCGCGACGCGCUGCGGCAGCGGAGCGACGAGCUGGAGCUGAGCACCCGAGGUAUCCGAGGGGCUCGACGGGGGCCGCGGCGCGGCGACGCGCUGCGGCAGCGGAGCGCAGAGCUGGAGCUGAGCACGGCCGGGCUGCUGCGGCGCAGGCGCCGGGACCUCGACGGGGCGGCGCCGAGGGGCGCCGAGAGGCGGCUCGCCGCGGGCAAGCGGAGCGAGGAGCAGUUGCGCGGCGCCUCCAUGGCGGGCCGCGGCGCGGAGGGGGCCACGGGCGCAGGCCGCACCAUGGCGGCCCUGCCCGCGCCGUGGCGCGGCUGGAGCAGCGCGGUGCGCCAGCGCGGCGGGUCGCGGGGGCGCCCCCCCACGCCGGAUGGCGCCGCCGAGGGCGUGCCACGUGCUCGGCGGCGCGCUGCGAGUGCAGCGGGGCUCGGCGACGUGGAGCCCGGCGUCCUCCACGCCGGCGGCGCCGAGGAGCUCCGGGGCGUGGCCGCGGCCGCGAGGGCCGGCCUUCGGCAGGUCAUCGGCAGCCCAGAGGCUAUCCGCUUCGACGCCAGUUUCGCCUCUACGAUCGGGAGCACAGGACCGACCGCGCGCUUUGCCGCGGUGAGCCGCUUGCCCGCGCCAGAGGUGCCCGGCGGCCUGCCUGGUCGCGUCGUGCGGGCCACCGGGUCGCGCUGCGCGGUGCGCGAGGCCGAGGGAGGCUCCUCACUGGGCCUCCGCGUGCUGCUGGGCCGGGCCAGCAUCUCGGCCCUGCAGGACGACGAGCUCUGGAUCGGGCUGGUGCCGAGCGGGUCCUGCAGGCCCGACAGGGUCCUCGGCCGCCGCGCCCUCACGCCGGACGCCUGCGGGCUGCGGGGCGCCGAGGUCUCGCUCCGCGUGCCCGCGCUACGCAGGCGGCAGCUCGAGGCUGGCGCCGAGAUGUCCUACGAGGUCUGGCUCGUCCGCAAGAGCGCGUGUUCAUACACGGAGGAUGUGGCUUUAGUACGCGCCGGUUCCAUACGAGUUUGUCGCAACGUGCCAGUUCGAGACCAACUGACCGAAGAUCAGGACGCUCCGGACGCCGUGCCGGGCCUGCCCGCGCCCGCUGCGGCGCACGGGGCCGCCGCGGGGGUGCGGCCCCGGGACGCCGGCGCCCCGGGCUGA